CCCCUCCCUCAAACUUUCAGGCCUUGUGCCCAGAUUAGAAAAGAAAAUUUUUUCAUGGGGGUUUGACUUUCAAGCGAGAACAUAAUUGUGUUUACACCGCCGACUGCUGAGACUAUUGCUUGACAUUGUUGACAUUCAGAAGAAAUAUAACCAAAAUUACUAUAUGGCAUUCAUUCACAACUCUUUCAAUCACAUACUAAAUAGAUUUGGACUCUUUCAUUCUAAACUACAUUUUAAUAUUGCAUUUUGCUGUCAACAAACUUCUAACUUUAAAAGAAAUUUAAGCUGUUCUUCUUCUGCUCCUGUUAUAAAUUCCUUAUUAUCAAAAUAUUACUAUAUCAAGUAUAAUUACCAUAACUUUAAAUUAUCUCGUUAUGGAACUAAUAUUAUUUGUACCACAAUGUUUAUUACACCAAUAUCAUCUAAGUCAUAUCAAUUUCCUGAAAUUAAAGAAGAUGAGCUAGAAGAGAGUUUUGCACGAGGUACCGGACCAGGUGGACAAGCAGUUAAUAAAACAGCAAACUGUUGUGUUAUUAAACAUAUACCAACUGGUAUAGUUGUCAAGAUAUUAAUAAAAGGUUUUCUUCGAGGUACUUCUAAAAGGACACUACUUGCCAAUCGAUACACUUGUGUUCCAGUGACAACACAUUUAUACACCCAGUCCAUUCUAACUUAUAUAACAUAUCAACCGGUAAAUAUGAACGUCUUCGAUGGGAAAACUGACAGAUAUCGUGGAAUUACAAUUUUAAGUAAUGAAAUUGCUUAUUCUAAUGAUCAUGACUUUGAGGAGAAAUUAGCAAACUCACUGAUAUCAUGGAAAGAAUCUAGCUAUCGAGCUGCUUGGAUUAAAGUCUUUUCUCAACAUUCUUCAGUGAUACCUAUAUGUGUAAAGUGCGGAUUUGAUUUCCAUCAUGCUCAGCCAGGUUAUGUUAUGCUCAACAAAUGGUUGAAAACAGAUGAACCCAAUACAUUGCCAGAAUAUGCCAAUCAAUAUAUUGGGGUUGCUGGUUUUGUUGUUAACGAAAGAAAUCAACUGCUUGUUAUUAAAGAAACUUUUUCAGAGCAGGCAAAAUGGAAAUUACCUGGAGGCCAUGCUGAAAAACAAGAGGACUUACCAGAUACUGCUAUCAGGGAAACAUUUGAAGAAACUGGUGUUAAAUGUAAAUUUGAAUCACUAUUAGCAUUCCGCCAUCAACACAACUACUAUUUUGGCUGCUCAGAUAUAUAUUUCAUUUGUGUUUUACGGCCAUUAACUGAAGAGAUAAAUCCAUGUUUACAAGAAGUGAAAGAAUGUAAAUGGAUGGAUUUGGAUGAAUAUAUUAAUAAUACAGAUAUUACUGAUGCAAACAGAUUUUUUGCUAAAAGUUACAAGCAGCAGCUUGAAACUAAGAUGGCUAUAAAACCAACCAAAGUUUGGAAUUUCAGAAAAAAUCUGAAAAAUAAUAUAUAUUCUCUUCAAACAUUACAAGAUUGAAUUUUUAUAUAUUUAAUUUAAUGAUUGUGAAUUAGUAAAAUCUAAAAUUUUAUUUUUUAAUUUCUAUGAUAUUUUGGUUGAAAUAUUUUGAUAUCAAUACGAUUUAUGAAAGCAGUUACUUUCAGAAUUUUCCAAUAAAACAAUUAUACAAAUAUUUAUAAUA